UGUGGGUAUCACGCCAUCUGAUUGGACAGAGAGUAGGUUGGAGCCGUGUGGUGUAACCCUGAGGACACAAACACAGCGAGAAUACGGGGAGGCAAACGAAGCAACGACAAAGUGGUUGAAUUUCAUCUAGAAGACUGGAACAAAACUGCUUUGUAGUCGAACAUUAGAGUGCAAUUGAGUCAGAUAAAUUGGUUUUAAUUUACACAGGACCGCAAAAGUGUAUAGUUCUCGCACACGUAGUAGGCAACUGUAGACUGGAUGAGAUUACGCCUCUCUCAAGUUUACUUUAUGGCUGCGCAAAAUCAAAUUGUGUAACAGCGCUGAUACAAAUUUUGAGCAUUUAAUCAGCAACAGAAUGGGCUCCAAAUUGACCAGACAGAGCAGCCUGGACAACGAAGCAAUUUUUUUCAAAAGAGGACGGCGGCGGCGUGACAGCUCCGGAGAUGCAGAGAAGACAGAGAGCCGUGGCGGCGGGGACUUUUUGUUCACAUCGCUGGUGCUGAAGUCUGACAAGCUACCCGGGAUGCUGCGCAAAACGAACCACAGCCCGUACGUGCGGAGGGUCGCGUGGGUCCGGGAGAUACAGAAGCUUUUGAGACAACAGAAAGCUGACCAAGCAGUCGACGUGUUGAAAUUACUCAGAAAGGAUUUAGGACUUGAGGGCACAUCUCUCAGUGACAUUCUAUACAAGAACACCGCCUUUCUGAAUCUCGUGGAUCCGAUUUCUCACGAGCUCCUGCUCAGCUUGGCUCGAGACAUGCAGUGCCCAAAGAGGGAGGCCGACACCCUCAAGUCCUCCGAAAAGAUCUGCAGACAGCUGAUCUACCACCUGACCCCGCACUCCAAGUGGAUGCGACAGAGCGUGCCCAGAAGGAAGUCACACGCUUGUCUUAAAACGACUCUGAAGAAGAAGCUGGCCAACGACACGGUGGACCUGUCGGGCAUCCCUCUCUCCGGCCGAGACGUCCACCGCGUGGCCUAUUACCUACAGAGUAACGGAGCGUCCGUCACGGCCGUGGACCUGAGCUUCACGGAGCUGCAGGACGAAAGUCUUAAACUGCUACUGCCUUUCCUCUCUGCGCUGCCCAAACUCAGCACCCUGGCCCUCAACGGGAACCGCCUCACCGUGGCCAUCCUGAAGGACCUGACGGAGGUGCUGAAGGACCCCAAAAACUUCCCCCGUCUGGCCUGGGUGGACCUGGGGAACAACGUGGACAUCUUCACCCUGCCGCAGCCGCUGCUGGUCGCUCUCCGCAGGCGCUUCGGCAUGAGGAGCAGCCUGCCCACCAUCUACGAAUACAACGAGGGCCAGCAGCCUCGCACCUACCGUCUGGAGACCUCCACUGAGGAGGCCAGCGCGUUUGAGGAGGAGGAGGAGCAGGAGGAGGAGGAGCGGGAAGAGGAGGUGGAGGAUCAUCUGGAGCUGGAGCCCUGGGACGUGGAGGAGAAAAGCAAGAACAUCUCGCUGCAUUAUUGCGAGAGGUGACGGACCUCUGGUCUCCUCGGUCUGUCUGCCCCUAACCAUCGUUCAUCGGUCCAGAUCUCCGAACCCAGCGCACACCCUAAACCCAGCACGCUCCGCCUCACCCUCAGACAGGGCGGAGUCCGAAGACGGUGACGGCGUCGACGAGUUUUAAAGACGGAGCUGUGAAAGGAAGAGAAGGAGGUGGUGUGUCAGUGAAGGGGGAGAAAAAAAAGGCGUGACCGUCUUUCUCUCCUGGAGUAAAAACCACGAGGGCGACGGACCUCUGAGAGCGAGAGCUCGGUACGCCAAUUCUCAGACGAAAGAUUAAAUCUUCGCUUCGACCC